GAGGGGGGAAAGAAAAUUGCCUUCCGAAUUUCCCAGGAGUGGUGUUUGCAAGGGCGAGGAGGAGGAGGAGGCGUGCAUGCAAGCAAGCAAAAGAGGGGGGGUUCCCACAGCUUCUUCCCAGCUUCCGCCGUCUGAGACUACUGCCCCGCUCUGCCUAACAGGAGGACCAUCCCUGCCUGCUUCUUUGGACCUCUUAUCCUCCCAGAAGCAUCUUCUCCUGAGUUGCCUCCAGCUGCUUCAUAAGAUAGAAAAUCUGUUCGGCCUGUUUGAAGGAUGGUGCCGUGACCCGAGCACUUAUUUGAAAAUCUUGCACUCCCCUCCUGAAUAAAAAUCUAAUGGAAAACCGCUGCGUCUGCUGAUCAUAUUGCGAAGGCAGAGCUGAGGUAAAGCCGGGCCCACAGGUUUACAGGGAGAAGUUGUUUCGUAGUCCCAGGUUCAGCUGUGAUCAGAGUCUUCUUGCCAUUUUGUAGUGGUGUUUUUUUUGCAAGGGGAAUGGCUGCCGCAGAAGGUUCUAGAAGAGGGGGUGGUUUCCGGGCCCAGGCCGCGCCAGGGAUCAAAAUGGAAGAGCGUGAGCCGGUGGGUCCCAAAGCGGGAGAAGGUGCGGAACGAACCGGGAAAUCGUCGCGCGUCCUUCAGGUCGGAACCAUCCGGGAGUUCCUCCACUGGGCUUCCCCGCGGCAGGUGAAACAGGAGCCCGAGGAAGGGUUGUCAGACCGGUGGGAAUCCCAAUGGCAGGAGUUCCUCAUCGCCAUGCAGUCCACGAAUCUCGAGUGGGGGCUCCCGCAUCUGACGGAAGAGGCUGCGCCGUGGGGGGAUAACAAGGCCUUCUUCGCCUCCUUCGAACGCCUGGCCGGGACAUGCCAGUUGCCUCGCCGGGAGUGGCUGGGGCGCUUGCUGCCGGUCCUGAGCAAAGAAGCCAAGGAGGCUUACAGUAACCUCAGCCUCCAGGACCGAGGGGAAUACGCCAAAGUCAAGGCGGCCAUUUUGAAAGUGGACGCCAUCCGGACGGAGACCCAGCGCCAGCGCUUCAGGCAGUUCCGCUACCACGAGGCCAAGGGGCCCCGGGAAGUCUGCGGCCAACUCCGUGAGCUCUGCCGAGGGUGGCUGAAGCCCGAGAAGCACACCAAGGAGCAGAUCUUAGACCUCCUCGUGCUCGAGCAGUUCAUGACUCUCCUGCCGGACGAGAUCCAGAGCUGGGUGAGGGAACAUGACCCGGAAACAUGUGCCCAAGCAGUACCCCUGGCGGAGGCCUUCUUGCUGAGGCAGAGGGAGGCGGAGAAGAAGGAAAAGCAGAUGCUGGAAGCCCGGGUUAUGAACUGGUCGGAGACGAAACCAUCUUCCCUGGGUGCUGGAGGGAAGCGAGUGUGCAGAGAGGCGAAGCCGGAAGGCAACAGAGUCCUGGACCUGGCCGACUCCAGCAGCGACCGCGGGGAGAGGAAAGCCACCCGAAACUCAGAAAACGGCCUGAGGAGCCCCAGCAGAGCCCAGCUUGGCCAAAGGAGCUUCUUCCCGGGUCCCGAGAGCAGGAAGACGUUCCACCACGACCAAGCCCUGGCGAGACACCAGAGAGCCCACCCGGCCGAGAGCCCUCACCAGUGCCCGGACUGUGGGAAGCACUUCACUCAGCGUUCGAGCCUCACGAUUCACCGGAGGAUCCACACGGGAGAGAAGCCUUACCCUUGCCCUCAGUGCGGGAAAUGUUUCCGCCAGAGCUCGAACCUGCUCAAGCAUCAGCGGAUCCACUCGGGCGAGAAGCCCCACCAGUGCCCGGAGUGCGGGAAAUGCUUCGCCCAGCGCUCGAACCUCCUGAUCCACCAGCGGACUCACACGGGGGAGAUGCCCUACGUGUGUUCCGAGUGCGGGGCCUGCUUCAGCCAGCACCGAGGCCUCGUGACCCACCAGCGGAUCCACAUGGAAGAGAUGCCGUACGGCUACGGCUGCCCGGACUGCGGGAAGUGCUUCCAACAGAAUUCGGACCUCACGAAACACCUGCGGGUCCACACGGGUGAGAAGCCGUACAGUUGCUCCGAGUGCGGGAAGAGCUUUAGCUACAGCUCGAACCUCAGCAAACACCAGAGGAUCCACACGGGGGAGAAACCGUACCUUUGCAAUGUGUGCGGGAAAAGCUUCAGCCACCUGUCCACCCGCAACACCCACCAGAGGGUCCACACGGGGGAGAGGCCGUACGGCUGCACCGAGUGUGGGAAGAGGUUCAUAUCCAGCUCCAAGCUCACCCGGCACAUGAGAACGCACUCGAUAUAUACUCCUUACAUCUGCAACGAGUGUGGGAGGAGCUUCAGCACCCACUCGAGCCUCACCGCCCACCAGAGAACCCACGCGGUCGAGAGCUACGGCCUGGGCGGCUUGUGGGAAGGGGCGGAUCAGGGCCCUAGCAGCCGCUCCAGUAGGGGGUCUCCUCUGUGACUCGAUGCCUGUCCUGUCCUUUACGAUGUAGUGUGUCCUGGUCAUGCAUAGGUCCGUUGUGAUACUUAUAGGCAAGGUGCUAGUCCCUAAGGUGUUGGGAUUCGGAAGCCUGCGCAGUGUAGGCAAGAAGUGAGAAUAGGGAAGCAUAAUAUAGCGUUAGUUUGAUGGGUUUUGGAAAAUAGAAGUAGGUUGGGGGGAAAAAAUUAGGAUAGUGAGAAGGAUAGAGGCACCCUUUUGAUCCUACGUUGUUUGUUUGUUUUAAGAGCAGCGUAAAGCCUAGUACAGUGCACAGAUCCAGAGAGUUUCUCGUGAGCAGCCUAAGAAAAGCACAAAAAAAUUUACCUGGUU